GACACUACGACUUUUUGGUUGGCUCAUGUCACGUUAAAUUUUUCAGAUUUGAAUAAGUUACGUUGACUGCUGAAAACAUUGAGAUUAUUGUUAUCUAUUCACAAAGCAGUACUUUAACUUGGAUUUUGAUGUUGCUUGUAAAUAUGUACUUAUCUCGUGUUUACUUUUAUGGUUUAAGUUAAUAUUCGUCGCAAAUAUGAAUCUUAUGUUAGAAAACAUUCUUAUACUUAUCAUAGUAGUUAUAAUUGUUGGCCUUGAUGGCAUUUAUGGUCAUUCAUAUGAGCCGGUGAAUUUUGAACGUUUAUCUACAGGAAGACAUUUGCUUUAUUCAGAUUGGGAAAGUGCUCCUUCAUUUUAUUCACCUGGUGGUAUAACACCUGAUAAUGAACCCCGCUCACCUGUUUACAUGGAAUUAACAUACAAUCUUACAUCUGUUAACGGAGCUUCAGGUAUAUGUGGUGUUUGUGCACGUAUAUAUCGUGUUCUACAUAUGACUGAAUUGAAUCCUGCUGAAGAAUGUCGACGUCAUCAUAAUUCGAGACAAGCAGCUUUUGGUGAUAUUACGGAAUUUUAUUAUACUCUGGUGCAAAGCAGACGAUUAAAUGGAACAAUUGAAUUUCCUUUGGCAGAUAAAUUUUCAAGAUUCACCUUUAGAACUACAAUCUUGUAUUUAGCAUCUCGAGAAAAUGAACCCGGUUUAAUGAUUGAAGCUGGAUCUGAAACAAAAUAUGUACUAUGCGUUCAAUCAAUUAAAUGCCCAGAACCAGUCACAACAACUACCACAAAACCUGUCACAACGACAAUACCAACAACAGUAAUGACAACUUUAUCAACAAUUAUAAGCAAUUUUGAUAAUCAGUCUAUCUUAUCUUCAACUAAUUCACAGAAUCGUGCUGCUAGCAAUUCAUUUGGUAAUGAAAAUGAUGAACGUAGCAGUUCUGCAUUUUGGGAUACACUUUUAUCUGGAACUGAACCGAAAAAUUGGUUUCUUGCAACCGUUUCUCUGUCCUGUUUAUGUUUGAUACUUAUAAUCACCCUUAUUAUAACAUGGUUGUAUAUAUGUCGCAUCCGUAGGCUAUACAGACGAAGGCGUUGUCAAGGUACGUGUCGUUUUGGAUGUCGUUGUCCACCAGAAGUUGUUCGUCAAGUAGCCUCGGAAGUAGCAGUAUGUGGCCCUUUAGGGCUACAAACUCAUCAACCGUUUGUAAAUACAAUGUCACCACAUGGAAAUGGUUCUGUCAGAAGUGGAAGUGCUUAUGGAAAUACAUUAUAUACAGGUGGGACAUUAAAUUCCGGUGGAUGGGGUUCAAAUGGAAACAAAAUUGGUUCUCCGCUUUAUGUGGCUCUAAGUUCUGGGCCUGAUAAAGCUGCUUUGUUGAGUGCUGGAUGUAAUACACCUAACUGCAUGCUUGAGAUGUCUGGAGGUUUACAACUAACUAACACAAUAGAAGGAAGCAGUGGAACUUGGAAUCAAACAAGUGGAAAAUUUCGAAAUCCUCGUCUUCGUCCAAAACGCUCAUCACAGGAUGCUUUAAGACGAAGUACAAGUGAAGGUUCUAGUGUUUCAGAUGCUAUUGGUACAGUAGGUGCUAACAAUAGUGCUUCAGGAAUAGAACAAGGAAAUUUUAUUUAUCGUCCUGGACAAGUGGUCAGUUUUUCUGAUGCAACAAUUUCGAGUAUUCUACCUGCCAUGGUUGUAAGUAAUACCAAUGCAGGUCAACAUGGAACAGAAUCAACCACAGCCGUCUAUUUACAAACUUGCCCAAAUGGGUAUAACUAUUCGGAUAGCGGUAGAGGUAGUGGUAUCAGUCCAGGCUUUUCACAUUCACCCACGCAUAUGAAUAAUCGAAAAGUUAACGAUGGAACAUAUUUCAAUAAUGGUAACAAUAAUAAUAAUAUCACAAACACUAAUAAUAAUAAUAAUAACAACAAUAAUAAUCAAAAUAUUGUUCAAAAUGGUUUCAUUAAUUCUAAUAAUCCAAUCAAUAUGGAUGAAGUUGAAAAUAGAUGUGAUAUGAAUUAUUUGGGCAAUCAAGCAAAUAAAAUCUUAUCCAGUUUACAAUCGGAUCAUUGUACGAAUUGCAAUGGGUUUAAUGCAGAUUCUCAUAACAUAGCAAUGCAUCAUUUAAAUCGUGAUUCUGAAGGUGAUUUCUUGAACAUUACACCACCGUCAGGAUUUUAUGAUUUUAACAACAAUGCUAAUACUGCUACUGCUGCUGCUGCUAAUAAUAAUCAUAAUCAUAACAAUAUAAUUGUUAAUUCCGAUUCUAGUUAUUUGGCGAAUUCACCUAGACAACAUUCAAAAACUUUGCAUCAAAAUGGCUUGAUAUCUAGUGCAAAUAGUUUCAGUCGACAAAUAUUCAAUCAACUAUCUCCAUCACUUGUAGUCCCUCCGUCACAGUCAUUUGUCAAUUCUUCUUGUAUCAAUGGUAAUGCUACAACUACAUCAUCAUUGUAUCCAUCUAGUCAAUCAGAAUGGCAUAAUACUACUACUACUACUAAUACUACUCUAUCAUCACUUCAUAAGUGUAAUUUACCAAAUGGUGAAAUGGUCGGUGGUUUAGAUGAUGAAUUUGUCAAUGGUUGUUCAAUGGAUGUUGGCAACACAGGAACUGCAUCUAGAAAACGCAAUUUCAUUACAUCUAAUAAUAAUCAUAGCAAUGGAGGCGGCGGUGUAACGAAACCGUUAGUUUCACGACCACAUUUUUCAGAUUCUUUACAUUGUGGCGUGAAUUAUCAUCAAAAUCCGUAUGCCAAUGAAAAUAAUUCUGUCACGAUCAAUAAUCGAUCUUUGUAUAUUCCAAGCGAUACUACAACCCUUAAUGGAAUAUUAUCGCCAUCAUCAAAAAUUGAUCAUCUAUGUACAUCAGAACGUAUGUUGUAAAUUGAACAUUUUCAGACAUGUUUAAAAGAAAGGAAAAAAAACAAUUCAAAUUUUAGGAUUUCAGUUGUUUCCUGAAGAUAAUCUUUUUGUUCUUUUUAAAAAAAAAAACAGUACAUCUCGCUUAUUUGCUUUUUGUUUUUUGAGAUAUGUUCAAAAUAUAAAGGCAGUCACUUUCUUGUAUGCAAUAUUCGUUUUCAUUUUCACUACAAGUCUGCUAUAAAAAAAAAAGCGAACUUGUUCAUAGGAAAAAUUCUAUUAUUUUCUCCUAACUAUUUGAUGAUAAUGUUUAUUGUGAUUCAAAUUUUUUAUUGUAUUAAAUAAUGAUUUGGAAUAGGAAGCGGAAUAUUUUGAUAAAUUUUCAAUUAUAUCAAUUUUCUGGAUACAUACGAUGCAUAAAAAACAAACACUAGGUAUCGUACCCAAUGCGGAUUGUGAACGUCUUACUGUUGUACAGUUUACAUGUUUAUUGAUUUCAGUGAUGUUAUCACCCACCAAUCGGUUUACUUUUCAUACGUAUAUUUCUAUACAAAUCUGUACAUGAGUAAGUGAUAUAUAUAUAUAUAUAUAUAUAUAUAUAUAUAUAUACAGAUAUACACAUACACCUAUUUAUAUAUCUUAUCUCAUAUACAAAACUAAAUAAACGUCUAAAUAUUUAUUGAAAUGAAUAUUACAUGCAUAUACAUACUUUGAAUACUUUUAAAGUAUUCCUAUGACAAACUCCUGCAUUUAUACGUGUUCCAGUAUUGAUUUAUCGUGAUUCUUCUUCUUCGUCUUUUGGAUGGUGAACGAUUGACAAAAAAAACAUUUUUCAAAACUAUUCUCUCAUUAUUUCAUUCAAACACUGCUCUAUUCACUGAUUGAAUAUACAUGUAACAUUUGGCGCAAAAAGAUAACUUGUACACACUGAUCAACAAAAGUCUAUGCUAUAUAAACUGACUACUAGAGAAUUCAAUCUAUAAUAAGAUCACUUUUUUUUCUUAGUUAAGAAAAAAGAAAACCCAACAAACAGACAAACAAAGCGCGUAUAUUUUAAAAAAUCUUUCCCAAAUUCUCCUUAUCCAAUUGUUUUCACUAUAUGAUCAAUUUGUUUAUUUGUUUCAUUUGGUUUUGUUUAUUUAAAAAAAUCAAACAGCUUCGAAUGAUGAAACAAUUUAGCGAAUUUGUUUUAGUUAAUCGUCAUCAAUAUUGGUUUGCGUGUUUGUUCGGUCUUACUCGUCAAGAACAGUCGAAAUUCUAUUCACGUCUGUCUGUGUGUAUGUGUGUGUGUGUUUGUACGUGUAGACGUUGUUUUUUUUUACAUUUUCAAUUUUCAAAUACAUUUAUAUAUAUUUAUAUAUAAAUAUACAAAACAAUGACAUUUUGUUAUGUAUAUUGAUGAUUUAAUUUAGAUAUAAACAAUAAUUCGUUUAAAUUUGUUGUUUUCAGUAUGUUUUUUUUGUUGUUG